AUGAUUCAAACAACAAGUCAGAAGAAAAAGAAGGGAGAGGAGGUUAGUAAUAGUAAUGGUAUUGGUAGCUAUAUUCCUCAUGACAUUCAUUUCUCCAUUCUCUCUAAACUUCCUGUUAAAUCUAUUAAACGCUUCUCUUGUAAUAAACUCAAAUUGAAUUUUCCACAUCCAUUUAACACUCCAGAACUUGAUACCAUUGAUAUUUUAGGUUCUGUUAAUGGCAUUCUUUGUGUCAUUGGUUACAUUAGAAACAUUGGUACCAGUACUAUACUGCUGAAUCCGGCUACUGAGGAAGUUAAGGUUCUUCCUGUUAGCCGCGGUGAGCUUCUUUCUGAGAUUACAACUGAAUUGGUUUUUCAUGGAUUUGGCUAUGACAAUGUUAGAGAUGAUUAUAAAAUCAUCCAAUAUGUGGAUGUUGUGGAGGGUAAGGACCCUUUUUGGGAGAUAUAUAGUCUAAAAACUGAUUCAUGGAGAAAAAUUCGUAUUGAUAUGCCAGUCCGUUGUGGAGUGUAUGCAAAUAGGGAUGUGUACUUGAAUGGGGUCUGUCAUUGGCUAGGGCAAGUAGAAGGUAACGAUGAGAAGUUCAAUAUGGUGAUGGUGUCAUUUCACUUGGGCAAUGAGGUGUGCUUUGUUACACCUUUACCCUUUUUAGAAGAUAUGGAAUAUGGUUUUGAGGAUGUUAAGCUGCAGGUGUUCAAUGGGUCAGUUGCUGUGAUAUUUAAUCACAUAGAGACAAAGUCUUUUCACAUAUCAAUCUUGGGUGAAAAAAUUGGUGUCAAGGAAUCAUGGGUUAGACUAUUCGACAUUGGACCUUUCUCUUGUAUUAUGGAUCCUAUCAUAGUAUGGAAGAAGGGAAAUAUACUUGUUAGGAAAGAAGAUGAUCAACUAGCUUGUUUUGAUUUAACUACCGGGAUGAUUGAGGAGAUUGGUGUUAAAGCAGAACAAUUUUGUCAAGUGGUAGUUUACAAGAAAAGCGAACUUCCUUUUGGAGUUAUAGACCUCUGUUGUCCAUGCGGAAAAGCGGUGCGGCACGGCCAUCCCAAUAAUUGCUUAUAUAGCCGAUUAAUUGCUUUUAUAGCCUUUUUGUGA